AUGAUUUCUCGAUAUUCUACCACCCUCCAUCGUGUUUCACAAAAGCCCCGCAUCGCCUUCACGCAUACGAAUGUCUUCAAGAGGCACCGGUCGACUAAGCAGCGCUUCCAUGGAGUCGCUACGCUGCCCCCGAUGAAGCCCUACCCGGAGGUUUCAUCUAUGGCUAGGCUACCAACAAGUUUGGUGCCUGCUCUGGCAAUUUUGAACGUCGUCACAAACUCGAAAUCGCCGUUCCUAAACCCAGACAAAAACCCCGUUCUAAACAAACUUCUUCGAUGGACGGUAUACAAUCACUUCUGUGCAGGCACAAACCGUGAGGAGGUCUCAAAAACAGUGGCAAGGAUUAAGAAAAUUGGAUACCAAGGGGUUAUUCUUGGAUAUUCCAGGGAAAUUGUGGUCGAUCCAAAUGAAAAGCUUGCCCUUGAUGAGUCAAACGUCACAACCUAUAGCGACAAGUGCUAUCAAAUCGUCGAGGAAUGGAAAAAAGGAACACUAGAGACUCUACGGAUGAUCGGACAAGGUGACUUCCUUGCAGUGAAACUCACUGGUGCUGGACCAGUGGCCCUUGAUUCAAUGGCAGAGGGAAAACCCCUUCCAGAGGUCAUAGAGAAGGCUAUAGAUGAGAUUUGCACUGCGGCACAAAGGCAGGGGUCGCGUGUCUGGUUGGAUGCCGAGCAACAAGUUUUACAACAUGGUCUCGAUAACUGGGCAAUAGAAAUUAUGCGAAAACAUAACAAGUCUGAAGCUCCUUUGGUAUACAACACCAUUCAAGCAUAUUUGAAAGGAUCCAAGAUGAACUUCGAUCGCCAUGUCACUCUUGCUUCUCAGGAAGGUUGGGCACUGGGGAUCAAGUUGGUCCGAGGUGCAUACAUCGAGCAUGAAACACGGUCUCUAAUUCAUGACACCAAAGAAGAUACUGAUCGAUCAUAUGAUCUUAUCGCAGAUGCUAUGUUGUGCAAAAAAAUGCCUGAUGAUGCUCAAGAUCUAAACUUCCCCAGUGCCGCUCUUUUCCUGGCCACCCAUAACGCCACAAGUGCUGCAAAUGCAAUUUCUACCCACCAGUCCCGCCUGCUAGCCCAAACUCCUACCGUCCUACUUGAGUGUGGACAGAUUCAGGGUAUGGCAGAUGAGCUGAGCUGUCAGUUGGUGGAAAAUUAUGAGCGAGCAAUGAGAGAAUCAAACGACAAAAACGCAUUUGUACCAAAGGCCUUCAAAUGCAUGGCUUGGGGCUCCGUUUCAGAGUGUAUGCAAUACCUUCACCGUCGAGCGAUUGAGAACAAGGGGGCUGUUGAGCGCACACAACAUAUGAUCACAGCAUUGAGACAAGAGCUACGCCGAAGAAUUCUUGGAUGA